CUAAUUUCCGACGAAUCCGCCGUUCACCGGAAGCCGGUAGUGAAAACGCGCCGCCUUCGUGGAAAUUUCGCUCUGAGUUGUUUGGCAAUAAAAUUCCUUUAAAUUAUUAGAUUUUUUUCCCAGAUUUUUUUUAUCUACAGUUAUGCAUAGCCGAUGCAGUGAACAAGAAGAACCCCAGCAAUCCAUGGGGAAAUUCAGAGGAAGAUGCUCAGAGGGAGCAAAUAUAUAAAAGCUUUCUUCUUUCAAAAUUUUGGCGCUUUAACCAACUCUUUCCUCUUUUUUCUUUCUUGAAAUAACUGGAAAUUGACGUACUGAAUCUUUAAACAAAAACCUAGAUUUACAAUUCGAAACCAGCAUCUCUUAUGUGGACUUUGCACAAAUUCGGUGGAAGGAGGAGGAGAUCGAAAAUUUUAAUGGGACGAGAGAAGAGAAUGAGAUGUAUCAAAGUAGAAAGUAGAGAGAGAAAUAAAAAAUUGUAACUGAUUAGGGUAUUUAAUGGCUUAGGGUUAGAAGUUAACCAUAUUUAAAUGAUAUUUAUUUAAAAUAAAUAAAGUGUUAACCUUUGCUACAAAAACUGUUUGAAUUAUUGCCUAUGAAUUAUAUUGGAGUAUCUUUAUUUGAGUGGUUUACAAGCAACUAGCAAAGCAGAUUUCAGAAUAACUUUGUGAAGGCUUUGGUAUAGAGGAAGAAAACUUUGUGAAAGAGCAAAGCAACAAUGGCGGAUCCAGUAAUUGGUGCUACUGUUCAAGUUUUUCUUGAGAAGCUGCUUUCUCUCACUAUUGAGGAAGUCAAAAGUUUAAGGAACUGCAAGAAUGAUCUCAAAAUGCUGAAAAAAACUGUAACGAUGAUACAAGCUUUCAUUCAUGAUGCUGAAAAACGACAAGUUGAGGAUCAGACUGUGGAAGAAUGGCUCAAGAGGCUUGAGAGAGUUGCUGAAGAUGCUGAAAAUGUGUUUGACGAAUUCAGAUAUGAAUCUCUCAAAGCAGAAGUGAUGAAGAUCCGGAACAAACCGAUGAAAAAGGUCUGUAACUUCGUUUCUAAUACAGUUUUACAGUGCAAAAUGUCUCGAAAAAUCAACAACAUCAAUGAAGAGUUGAGUGCUAUCAAUAAGUUAGCCAAAGACCUCGGUCUCCAACCCCCAACAGGUCCUUCUCGGCAAAUACUACCAAUUCGAGAAACAGAUUCUGUGGUAGUUGCUUCUGAUGUUGUUGGUAGAGACAAGGAUGUUGCUGAAAUAAAGGAGAAGAUGUUGAACAUGAGAGAGGAUGUUGUUCUGUGCACCAUUCCCAUAGUCGGUAUGGGAGGUUCAGGCAAAACAACUGUCGCUAAGAUAAUUUUUAAUGAUGAACAGAUCAAGCAACAGUUUGAAAAGAGAGUUUGGUUGUGUCUACCUGAAAUGUUAGAAACUAAGAGCUUUCUUGAAUUGAUGCUCGAAUCAUUGACAGAAAGGACACUUGAGGUCCGAAGCAGGGAUAUAAUAGUCAAGAAGCUACAAGAUGAAUUGAGAGGGAAGAAGUAUUUGCUUGUCCUGGAUGAUUUGUGGCGUGUCGACCCUACAAUGUGGCAUGAGUUUGGGGACACUCUGAGAGGAAUAAAUACAUCCAGAGGAAACUGCAUUCUCGUGACUACUCGUAGGGAUGAGGUGGCAUCCUCAGUAGGCGCAACAGAUCCUUAUAUGUUGGAAAUAUUAGCAGAUAAUCAUUGUUGGUCCAUUUUCAAACAAAGAGCAUUUGUUGAUGGGAAGGUUACAGAGCAUUUGUUGGGCAACAGGAUUGUUGAAAUGUGUAAAGGUCUACCAUUGGCAGCAAGUGUGUUGGGAGGCCUAUUACGCAAUAAGGAGAAACAUGAAUGGCAGACAAUUCUUGAUGGCAACCCCCUUGUUGCAGGUGAAGAUGAUACUGGGGAAAAUAGGAUAAAGAAAAUCCUAAAACUCAGCUAUGAUUAUCUACCAUUUCCACAUUUGAAAAAAUGUUUUGCUUACUUUGCAAUGUUUCCAAAAAAAAUUGAGUUUGAAAAGGACCAACUAAUCCAACUCUGGAUGGCAGAAGGUUUUCUUCGUCCAUGUCAAAAGACCACUGUGAUGGAAGAUGCUGGUAACAAGUUUUUUGAACUUUUGUUGCAAAAUUCCUUGCUGCAAGAUGUUAAGCUAGAUGAGCACAACAAUAUAACACAUUGUAAGAUGCAUGAUCUUGUGCAUGAUUUGGCUAAAGAUAUUUUAAAAUCUAAACUAUUUGAUGCGAAGACGGAUGGUGGAGAUAAUCUUUCUCAAGUUCGAUACUUUGGAUGGAACUCACCAAGAGAUCAAAUAGAGAAGAUUAAUGAGCCUGGACGUUUAUGCACGUUGUUCUGGAAAAGCAGUGAUAUGUCUGAAGAUAUGCUAUUGAGAUUUCAGUUCUUGAGAGUUUUAAAUUUGUCCAAGUCAGGCAUCAAGGAGUUGUCAGCCUCAAUAGGCAAGCUAAUAUACUUGAGAUAUCUCGAUCUCUCCGACACUAAGAUCAAAGCCUUGCCCAACUCCAUUUGCAAGCUCUACAAUUUGCAAACACUUAGAGUCAAUGACUGCUAUGGCCUCAAGGGAUUUCCAUAUGAGAUGGAACACAUGAUAAGUUUGCGACAUAUAUAUUACAACUCUAAUCGCUCUCAGAUACUUAACAUAGGGAAAUUGACUUGUCUUCAAACGCUACAGCAUUUCAAUGUGGGUGUAGAGAAAGGUCGCCGAAUAGAAGAAUUAGGUCAUUUGAAAAACCUUAGAGGUAAAUUGACGAUCAAGGGUCUACAUUUGGUCCGUAAUAGAGAAGAAGCUGAAAGAGCAUACCUACAAGAGAAACCAAAUAUCUACAAGCUGGCAUAUUUAUGGUCCCAUCGUGGAUGUGAAAUCAGUGAUGAGUAUGUUUUGGAUGGUCUUCGACCGCAUCCUAACUUGAAAUCCUUUGAAGUGAGGAGUUAUUUGGGGAGUAGAUUUCCUUCAUUGUUCAAUGAAGAAUUUCUACCAAAUUUGGUCAAGUUGAAAUUAAUUGGUUGCAGAAAGUGCAUAGAAAUUCCAUCACUUGGCCAACUGAAACUCCUUCGGCAUCUCGAGCUGGCAGAGUUCGAUCAGCUGGAAUGCAUUGGGCCUACAUUUUAUGGUGUUGAGCUUAACAAUAAUGGAUCAAGCAGCAAUAACGCCAAUAUCCAAGUGUUCCCAUCACUUAAAGAGCUAGUAUUGGAGGAUAUGCCUAGCCUCACUGAGUGGAAGGGAGUAGAAUUGAUGCCAACAAGAGUUGGAGUAAGAAUGUUUCCUGCGCUUGAGAAGUUGAGCAUUAGCAACUUUCAACGGUUAAAAAGUACUCCAAAUCAAUUUGAAGUCCUACGUGAAUUAAGCAUUGAAGGAGUUCACAGUGAAAUGCCAUUGUUUAGCUUGUGCAGCAACUUGACAUCUCUCGUAAAGCUUACUGUCCGUAAUGUGAAAGAGCUCACUUGUCUUCCAGAUGAGAUGUUACACAACAACAGUUUUUCUCUUCAGCAUCUAUCGGUCUUAAAUUGCUAUGUGUUUCGUGAAUUGCCACAAAGUUUGUACAAUCUCCAUUCUCUUAAGAGCUUAGAGAUUGAAGGGUGCACCAAUUUCAGUUCCGUUCCUGUUCCCAGUGGAGAGAAUCAUUUGACUUCCCUCCGAAAUCUUCAGUUUGAGGGUUGUGAUAGAUUGACCAGUUUACCAAGUGGAAUGCUAGAGCAUUGUCGGUCUCUGGAAUUUUUGCGGGUCAACUACUGUGGCAACUUAGUUUCCUUGCCUUUACAUUUGUGGGAAAUGCCUUUACUUUCAUAUUUAAAUAUAUUACAGUGUUCCAAAUUGAAUAGUGUACCCGCAGGGGAUCUUCAUCAUCUCACUGGGUUAAGGGCAUUGUUUAUUGGUCCUUUGUCAGAGUUGGUGGAUUUCGAGGCAUUCCAAUUGAUGUUUAAUGGCAUUCAGCAGCUAUCGUCCCUUCGUACAUUGACGGUGUACGGACGUGUGAAGUGGGAUUCUCUGCCCUAUCAGCUUAUGCAACUCUCUGCCCUAACAGAGAUGGUAAUAAGUAAUUUCGGAAUCCAGUCCCUUCCUCGUAGUCUUGACAACCUUACUUCUCUUGAAAUGUUAACACUACGGAGCUGCGAACGGCUACAACAUGUGGACUUCUCAGGUGUCAUGCCCAAAUUACGGAAACUGAAGAUCAGUAAUUGUCCAUUGUUAGAAGCUCUGUCGGGUCGGCUCGUCAACCUUGUUUCUUUGGAAGAGUUAUAUUUAUCAAACUGCAAAAAACUACAGCAUCUGCCAUCCGGAGAUGACAUGCGACGCCUCACCAAAUUAUGGCGCCUGAGAAUUGAAGGCUGCCCACAGUUAGAAGAAAGUUGCACCAAUCGGAGUGGCCCAAACUCCCAAUGGUCCAAUAUUUCCCAUAUUCCAAAAAUUAUCUUUAGUAGGAAGAGGGCCAGUCAGAACUUACGUAAGUUUCUGUUUUUCUUUCAGUUUCUGAGUCAAUUUUUCUUCUUCUUUGUCAAUUGUUUCUCUCACCAUUCUCCUUUGCUCCUUUAUUCUUUUUAAAACUAUUCAUUCCCCAAAGCAUUCCAGAAUUUAAUCCUUUUUCUUACAAAUAUUUGACAUCAAAAAAAAUGCAAAAGUUAUUAGUGAAUUGCAUUUGUGCUUUCCUUUCAGCAUUUUGCCCUCUCACUUGAAACCAAUUGUUGUUCUUCUAACUCUUUCAUCAAAUCAGGAAUAUCUACAUUUCCAGACCAGUGUUACCUUACUUCAAUCCUUUUCUUCCGUAUAAAAAAAAUAAAAAAAAUCAAUCCUUUUUCUUCCUUGUCAAAUUUUUUUCCAAAAAGAAAUCAAGCAUUUUUCUUGUAAUUAGUUGACAUCAAGCAAAAUGCAAAAUUAUCAGUGAAUUGGAUCUGUGCUUUCCCUUCAGCAUUCUUCUUCUUUAAACUGUUGGACCAGUUCGGACCAAUUGUCGUUCUUCAAAUUCUUCAUCAAACAAAGAAUAUCUAUAUUUCUUUAAAGUUGCGGUUUAAUUAUGAAAAUUUAUGCUCUUUCUCAUAGUUGACUAGAUCAAAUAUCAUGCUAAAAGGUUGCUGCAGCAGUCUCUCCUGAGCAUGGAAUCUGUGGUGAGUUGUCUAAUUUGUGGUGCGCUCUGGUCUGAAUUUUGUUGAGGACAGAAUCUUUGCCUUGUAGAAUCUCUCAAAUGAAAGGAACAAUCUCGUCUCUUUAUGGUUCAAAGAGCUCCAUAUAUGCAUACUUGUCUCCCUCCUAUUUUAAGUAUUUCUGCUAAAGAAUGCAUCAAAUGAUGAAUAUGUCCUCACGUGAUACUUCAACUGCUUGUCGCAAAAUAAAAACCUCUUUUUGUUUUUGGGUCAUUGGUUUUCUUUUCUAUCUUUUCUCUUUUUGUUUAGGCAACUGCUUUUAUUCCUUGUAAUAGGAAAUUAGCUUGUUUUUGAAGUUAUUUUAUGCACAGAUAAUCCGUGUAGCAUUUUAAAGCUUAUAAAUGAGUAUUGGCAUUUGGACCAGAUAAAUUAUUUACUUCUUCAGUUUAUCAUUUAGUCUGACCCUCCUCUCUCUCAACCUGUACAAAAGAAGAAUCUCAGUAUUUAGUCUAUCUAUUCAAGUGGUAUGGGGAAGAUAAUAAAGGGUAUGGUUGGUUGGUGCCAUUGAAAUCUGUUUAUGAGCUAUUCAUGAGUUGCAGCUCAAAUAAAUUGUCACUGAUGGUGCUAUAUUUAGAUGUCAUGACUGGUAUAGUCAGUUUCUUCUGCAUAAGAGAAGGAGAAAUGUAGAUAGGGAAAAAAUGACCCUCUUGUCACUUGAAAACGGUGACAUGGAAUUCUUGGAUGCAAGACAACUUUCAUUUUGGACCGACUUGUGAUUUCCAUUGAUAGUAGAGACUUCUCCAUAUUUUGCCGACUGUCUUCAACAGUAUUUCCUUUUUCCUAUUUAAUUUUCAGGGCACAGAUUGGAAGAUUAUGCACAGUGGUGCCUUUGGAGACUAUGAUGGCACAAAGCUCAAAUUCAAGAUUCAUGGUUGAAACAACAGCAUGGACUUUGUCAAAAUGGUAGACUGUGAGCUUUUUCGAGUUUUUAUUAGUAAACAUGAUAAAAUUGGACUAGUGAAGUGCAAACGGCUACAGCAUCUGGACUUCUUAGAUGACAUGCCCAAAUUACGGAAUCUGGAGAUCGAUGAUUGUCCAUUGUUAAGUUCUUUUUGGCAUUCCUUUCCACAGAGGAACCACCACGUUUGUUUUGUAUACGAGCCGAUGUGGCAGCCUUUCCUGAGCAAAACUGGAAUCUGUGGUUGUUGAAGUGCACUCUGGCCUGAAUUUUGUUGAAGGAUAUGAUCUUCAGCUGUAGACUCAUUACUGAACUCUUUCAGCUCUAAGUUCUUACUCUCUCAACUAGUGCUCAAUAAUGACUCAAAUGCAUUGCAAAAGGUUGCUCUAAAGUUUAGAAUUUCAAUCAAGUUUACUGGAAGUCCAAAAAGAGAAUAUUCACAUUCAGGCCUUGGUUGGUCACUGAGCUAUCUCUGAAGUCUACAUACAAAUGAUCAAAAAACUCAAAGCUUAUAGGGUGCUCAAUGAGAAACUAAACGUGUCUGUUCUCCGUCUUUGGAUGGCUGUGGUUACAUUUUUAUUUCCUAGGUGCUAUGGUGAAGAUAAUAAAGGUUGUGGAUUAUCGGUGCCGUUGAAAUCUGUUCAUGAGUUGCAGCUCAAAUAAUUCUCACUGAUGGCGCUAAAUGUAGAUAGUUUGAAUGGAUGCAGCUAGGAGGUUACUGUGGGAUGCUAUUCUAGCAGUCUCCCUUAGGAAAGACCUGGGACUUGAAUGGAUUACACAGUUUGAGGGAUAUUCAUCCAUUUGGUUGAAGGAUUCUCUACUCUUAUUGGACCAAGAUUUCCAUGGUGUAGUGGAAGAUACAAAAUGGUGGAUAAAGACAACUGUUCAUUCUCUUCAGGAAAGUGAAGUAUUUGAUUGGUCUAAUCAGUUUCUUUUGCAUAAGAGGGAGAAAUGUAGAGCAGCAAAAACAGACCCUCUACAACGUGAAUGUUCAUAUUCUAGUGGGCGAGGCGCCUUUAUUAUCGACUGCUGGUGUAAUGGUAGAGGUAAUAAAGCCAUUUCAUCGGAAGCCACGGACAUGGGAUACUUUGAUGCAAAGACAGUUACCAUUUUGGACCGAAUUGUGACUCCAGUUGGUAGUAGAGGCUUCUCCAAAUUUUGUGUACUAUCUUCAACAGUAUUUCCUAUUUAACUUUCAGGGGACAGAUUGAAACAAUUGUGCACAGGGGAAGUUUUUCACAAGCUUUAGUCAUUCCCAAUACUAGUCAAUUAAUAUUCUGAGCUUAUUUGAAAUUGAAAUCAAUUGGUGUGAUGUAAUUA